AUGACCUCUACCUCGAAUACACCUUUUGCAACACCUGCGACCUCUAAUCCCAACACCAGACCGCCUACUCCUACUCCGUCCGCCACUCCCACGGGAACCACUGUUCCUGCCGAUAACGAUCUCCGAGAUGAUAGCUCAAAGCUAAGGACAUUCUUGGGCCUGUUGAAAAAGUUUAUCGGUGUCUCAGACAUUGCAAAUGUUCGCUUUUCAUUGCCUUCGCAGUUGAUAGAACCUAUACCGAACCUAGAAUACUGGCACUACUUGGAUAGGCCGGAGACUUUUGUCAGUAUAGGAAGAUCAGACGAGCCUCUUGGUCGCAUGUUGGAAGUCCUACGCUUUUGGUUCACCAAAGAUCUGGUUAGUGAACAGUUCUUCGCCGUCUGCUUGUGUCUGAGGCUAAAAGAACAUGCGCAGAAAUACGUGAAAGGCAAGCCUUGCAAACCCUAUAAUUCGACGCUGGGAGAAUUCUUCAGGUGUCACUGGGAAGUCAAUUCCGACGCGCCACCUAUAUCUAAUCCAUCCAAAGCACCGCCUCAGCCUUCUGUCGAUCCUACCGAGCCGCAGGCCAAUGGCAACACCAGCGAGGAGCCGGUCCGAAUAUCCUUCCUCACCGAACAGACCUCACACCACCCGCCCGUGUCAGCAUAUUGGUAUGAGUGCCCUUCUCGCGGCAUCAUUGCCCGAGGCUACGACCAAAUAUCUGCCAAGUUUACAGGCACAUCUGUUCGUGUGAUUCCGGGUGUCUACAACAGGGGGAUUUUCGUUACCCUUACACAGCGGGACAAUGAAGAAUACCAACUCGUCCACCCGGCCGCUUCCCUCGGGGGUCUCCUUCGCGGCUCCCUGUACAUCUCGGUCGCGGACACAUGUUCUAUAACCUGCCCCAAGACGAGGCUAAAAUGUCUCCUUACAUAUGUGGAGGAAUCCUGGUUUGGCAAGGCGCAGAACCGGGUCCAUGGUCUUAUUUUCCGCUAUGACCCAUCUGACGACAAAUAUACGCGGGUCAAGGACGUGCCCGAGAAGGAUAUCCUGGCGAAACUUGAAGGAUGUUGGCAAGAACAAAUCGUGUAUACGAUUCCGAACAGCGCAGCAGUCAAGGAGACGCCCAAUAUCGAACCAACUUCUGACAAGCAACUCCUCAUUGACCUACAGCCUUUGUUCCCGGUGCCCAAAUCCUGCCCCCCGCCGCACGAGCAACUGCCGCAUGAGUCUCGCACAUUCUGGGCCGAGGUUACCACCGCAAUCAACGAAAAGCGCUACUCGGACGCAACAAGGAUGAAACAGGAUUUGGAGCAGGCCCAGCGAGACAAGGCUGCAAAGAGGAAAGACCUGAAUGUCGAGUUUAAGCCGAGGUUCUUUACUUCGCCCACCGAGCCGAAUGGGAAGCCUGAGUUGACCGAGUAUGGGAAGGAGGUAUUGGCCGGGCUGGAGAAGAAAGAAUAUGGGAUUGACUUUGUGCCGGAGCCAGGGAUUGAUGCUGACACAUAG